AUGGCGCAGAAGACGGAGAAAGAAGAGACGGAGUUCAAGGCACCCGAGGCCUUGACCUCCUGCGUGAACAACUGCGGCGUCACCGGGAACCCCGCCACCAAUAACAUGUGCCAGAAAUGUUUCACGGCGACCACCGCUACCGCCACCACCUCCUCCUCAUCGGCGGCCUCCUCCCUCGCCACGAUCCUGAACGGCUCGUCGCCUGCAUCAUCAGCGACCACCACAACGGCGACGACCUCGAAAAGCCGAGUUUCUGUCGACACAUCACCGAGAUCUAGCUUUUCUCGGUCCCCAGCGCGAGAUCUGCCUCCGGAGACGAGUCCGGAUGCGGACACGCCGUCAGAUCAGGAGAAAUUGGCCCUGGCGAGGAAGGCCGUGAAUCGGUGCUCCGGUUGCCGGAGGAAGGUCGGGUUGACCGGGUUCCGAUGCCGGUGUGGGGAGCUCUUCUGUUCGGAGCACCGGUACUCCGAUCGCCACGACUGCAGCUACGAUUACAAAACGGCCGGCCGGGAGGCCAUCGCGAGGGAGAAUCCCGUCGUCAAGGCUGCCAAGAUCGUUAGAGUCUGA